AAAUUCUUAUUUUGCAUUGGAUGCAUGCACGGAAAUAGUUUUUGUAACAAAAGUGUACAGGUGUUGCAUGAGUGUAUUAGUAUAGUGUGUGAGUAUCCACAUGCUUUCAUUUCAAGCAGGGAACUGUUACAAUAUGACUGGAGUCCGGUCUACACAGAUUCCAUAACUUUUCAAAAAGUAUAGUUUUGAUUGACUUUAUCAACAUUUGUCUGAAAAUUCCUCUGGCACUUUGAUGGAAGGAUGGGGACAGUCUCUGAAGAAGUUAGGAGGCUUUUGAAUGACUGUGAGCUGUUUGUAUCAGAUAUCCUACAGGAUGAGAACCUCAGUAAACAUGCCAGGGAAACACGGGACGUCCUACUUAAUAACUUCAGGGUGAUCUACUCCAGAAAUCCUCAGGCGUUUCCCUUCAGAUCUGAGUCCAGACAGGAGGACAGUUCAGAUGACAACCAGAGCUCCAGUCUGGGCCGCUCGGCCCCCUCAGAAGACCUGUCAGUGGCCUCUGACUACCAGGACGAGGGCUCUCCCGAAUACUUUGAGGAGAUCCAAAUGGUGGCAGCCCAGGAUCUCAGCAACAUCUUGAAACAAGGCUACCUGGAGAAGAAACGACAAGAUCACAGCUUCUUCAGCUUAGAAUGGCAAAAGCGAUGGUGUGUCCUCAAAAACACAAUAUUCUACUACUUUGGGAGUGACAAAGACAAGCAGCAGAAGGGCGCCUUCUAUAUCAAGGGUUACAGUGCAGAGAUGGUGGCCAACCUACGUAAAGACUCCAAGAAAAAUGCCUGCUUUGAGCUGAGUGCCCCUGGCCGACACUCCUUCCAGUUCACUGCUAGCAGUGUGCGAGAAGCCAUGGAAUGGGUGGACCAGAUCAACUUUGUCCUGAAAGAUUUGAGUUCCAGCUUUAUCCCCUUUGAGGAUGAGACCUAUGAUGACAUUGAGGGGGUGACGGGGGUGGCCAGCCGUCCCCCUUGGCCCGCCCCCUACCCGGUCCUGCCCCAGCAGGUCAAAGCCUCUCUCAGUAGCCAGGAGGAAGGGAAGCCCAGCCAGUGGGAGGAACAGGAAAAGGAUGAUAUCUACGAGGUGCUCCCAGAGGAUGACAUUCCAGGAUCCAUUGAGGAGAUCAGUGAGAAGAGCACGAACCCAGUGUGGUCCAUAGACUAUGCCAAUUACUACCAGGGCUUGUGGGACUGUGAGGCAGACGAGCCUGACGAGCUGGCCUUCCAAAGAGGUGACCUCAUCUACAUCGUCAGUAAGGAGUAUAACAUCAAUGGCUGGUGGGUCGGAGAGCUAAACGGAACCGUCGGUAUUGUCCCUAAAGACUUCCUCCAUCCUGCCUACAUCCUCUGAGCUCCCAAGAGUUGAGUGAUGUGACUGACUACAUUCUCAAUCCCCAACACCGAACACUUCGAGAUUGAUGACAGAUUGACCUUUUCUAUUAUUUCGUAAUAUAGCGUUAUGCUGUUAGUGUCAUUGUUGUUGUAUGUUUUUGUAACAAUAUGCUUCAUUUCCAUGCAUAAAUUACAUUACCAUGGUUCUUUUGAGGCGAUUGGUGUAUACAUCAAAUUCUGGAUAAUGCUGAUGUCGCAAAAAGGUUUCCUCUGUUCAAUUGUUUCCAAUGUAUUUGUGCCCAUGUGUGUGAAUGGAAAUUGCCAGACAUUGAGGAAACAUUAUGCCCCUGUGACAAAAAUAGGAAAUCCUCACCUCUGGUGAACUGGGGGGCUGUCUAUUCCAUAUUAUGAAGCAUACGAACUGGUGCCUUCAACAGCCUUGUGUCUGAGGCUACAGUGCUUGUUAUUUUGAUGCUGACUUCAAAUAUGUAGGCCACAAGGGGUCAGGCAUGCUCCCUGGUGCGAUUUAAUUAUUUUUAAUUAAUCUAAUUAAUUAAGUGUUUGAAAUUGGAAUACCUGAUCAUUUGCAAUAAGAAAACAUAUUUAUUUUUGAGCCUGUAAAAAUAUUGUUAGAUAUUUAAAUUCCACAAUAUGAUGUACAUAAGAACUUGUUUGACUGUGCAUAUGAAAGUCUAUGGCAAUAUAAAUGUCUGGAAACGAAAGAAACACCUAUUUAGGCGAGGUGCUGGCUUAAAUAAAUGUUGAAAUGUAAUGCACUAAAAUAGACUCAGAUGCAAAGUACAGGUGGGGGAAAAAACUACAGUGCCCUCCGCUAAUAUUGGCACCCUUGGUAAAUAUGAGCAAAACUGGCUGUGAAAGAAAUGUCUUUGUUUAUCCUCUUGGUCUUUCAUUCAAAAUAUUCACAAAAAUCUAUCAUUUAAUUAAAGUAAAAUAAUUGAAAAUAAGAAAAUAAAUUCAUAAAACAAAUAUUUUUCUAAAAUAUAUGUCUGCCUCAAUUAUUGGAACCCCUUCAUUCAAUAAUUUGUGCAACCUCCCUUUGACAAGAUAACUGCUCUUAACUGAUAACUGAGUCUUGUCCUAUAAUGCAUAAUGAGGUUGGAGAACACAUGGUAAGGGAUCAGAAUCUCUCCAGAUCCUUCAGAUUCCGUGGUACAUGCUUGUGGACUCUCCUCUUCAGCUGACACGGCAAGGUUUUCUAUGGGGUUUAGGUUGUGGAUUGGGAUGGCCAUGGCAAAACCUUGACUCUGUGGUUAGUGAACCUUUUUUGUGUUGAGGUGUGCUUUGGAUCAUUGUCCUGCUGGAUGAUCCAACCACGGCCCAGUUUAAGCUUUCUAGCAGAUGCAGUCAGGUUUUGAUUUAAUAUUUUUUACAUUUAACCUUUAUUUAACUAGGUAAGUCAGUUAAGAACAAAUUCUUAUUUUACAAUGAUGGCUUACCCCAGCCAAAACCUCCCCUAGCACGGAUGACACUGGGCCAAUUGUGCGCCGCCCUAUGGGACUCCCAAUCAUGGCCGGUUGGGAUACAGCCCGGGAUCUGUUGUGACGCCUCUAACAAACUGUAGGCGCUUGGGUUUGUUGUUUGAUGACAGCAAAUGCCUUUUUUCUAUGGCAACCAUCCCAAACAACUUGUGGUUACGUAGGUGGCGUCUGAUUGUGGUUUUGGAGAAUUUCUGACCCCAAGACCCAACUAAUGUCUGCAAUUCUCCAGCUGUGAUCCUUGGAGAUUUUUUGGCCACUCGAACCAUCCUCCUCACUGUGUUUGGGGUCAAUAUAGACAUGCGUCCUCUUCCAGGCCGAUUGUUAACAUCUCCAGUUGCUUUAAACUUCAGUUAGAUUUUACUCAUAAGAAUUUCUAGGGGUGCCAAUAAUUCUGACACGUUUCAGAGUAAAAUAUUUCAAUCAUUUUACUUAGAUUUUUGUGAAUAUUUUGAAAGGCAGACAUUUUUUCACAGCCCGUUUUGCUCAUAUUUACCAAGGGUGCCAAUAUUAGUGGAGGGCACUAACAUUUUAUUUCCAAGUACAAUUAUAUUCCACAGAAAUAUUGUCAUCAAUAGGUGCAUUCCUAGUUUAUUUUUGACUAUUUUUAGGUAGGUAUAUUGCCCUUGUACAUCCUUAUAUGAACUACCUAAGUGGAAAAAACUGUCUGGUAAUCAUCUACAUAACAUAAAAGGGGUACUUCCAACAACUGCUAUGCCACUUAAAUAAACUAAUGCACUGUUAAAAGGCUGAAUAUGAGAACAAACAUCCCCAACAUUGCAAAACACUGUACAGUGUGUUUGGGACUUUUACCAUUGAAGACAAUUAGACCAUAACAUUGAAACCAGUAGAACUGCUGUAGCCUGAUGGUUUGCUUUUUCAACAGGGAUGUUCUAACUAAUCCAGACCUUUUCUGAAGGGAAUAAACCACACACACGGUUCAUUUUCUGGACACAGAUU